CGGCAUUCGAACUUGUCUCUCACUGAUCAAACCGCUUCGCCGAUAAUCUAUUCCCUUCUUCUUUUUUACAUGAUUUGGGCCUUCAAUCCAGUAGACUCCUCACCUGUCGCUCUUCCUCCUGCGUGAUUGUCUCUGCCAUAAUCAUGGAGGGAUAUUUUCCCCCCAUUUUCCUGCUCGUCUUGACGUUCUGUUCCUUCGCAUCAUCGGCUCUGUCUUCCACCAUUGGCGUUGACUCCAUCUCCCGUCUUCUUGAAAUUCAAGACCGCGAGAGGGCUCCGCCUUCCGUCCAGGAAGUCGCCGCCCGCGGCGUUCUUCACCGCUUGCUUCCUUCUCAUUCAUCCAGCUUUGACUUCCAAAUUGUCUCCAAGGAGCAAUGUGGUGAUGAAUAUUGCUUUAUGAUCAGAAACCAUCCUUCAUUCAGAAGACCUGGGGAUCCUGAAAUCUUACUUGCUGGGACGACAGGAGUGGAGGUCGCCGCUGGUCUUCACUGGUACUUGAAGCAUUGGUGUGGUUCACAUAUAUCUUGGGACAAAACUGGUGGUUCGCAAUUAUUUUCUGUACCAAAAGCAGGAUUUCUCCCACGUGUUCAUGAUACUGGAAUUUUAGUUAAGAGGCCUAUUCCAUGGAGCUAUUACCAAAAUGCUGUUACGUCUAGUUAUUCUUUUGCUUGGUGGGACUGGAAAAGAUGGGAAAAGGAAAUUGAUUGGAUGGCUAUGCAGGGUGUAAACUUACCACUUGCAUUCACAGGACAAGAGGCUAUCUGGCAGAAAGUUUUCCAGGAGAAAUUUAACAUGAGCAGUUCAGAUUUGGAAGAUUUCUUUGGUGGUCCGGCAUUUCUUUCGUGGUCAUGCAUGGCAAAUUUGCAUGGAUGGGGUGGACCACUGCCUCAGAGCUGGUUGGAUCAACAGUUGAUCCUACAGAAGAAAAUUCUUGCCAGAAUGUAUGAACUUGGAAUGACACCAGUCCUACCAGCCUUUUCUGGAAAUGUCCCUGCUGCGCUCAAAUAUAGAUUCCCAUCAGCGAAAAUAACACGCUUGGGAAAUUGGUUUUCUGUUAAGAGUGACCCUAGAUGGUGCUGCACUUAUCUUCUUGAUGCAACUGACCCCUUGUUUAUUGAGAUUGGGAAAGCAUUUGUUGAGCGACAAUUGCAAGUGCAUGGAACGACCAGUCACAUAUACAACUGUGAUACUUUUGAUGAAAAUACCCCACCUGUUGAUGAUCCGGAAUACAUUUCAUCACUAGGUGCAGCAAUCUUUAAAGGAAUGGAGAGUGGUGAUCGUGAAGCUGUGUGGCUGAUGCAGCAGGGGUGGCUAUUUUCAUAUGAUCCAUUCUGGAGGCCUCCACAAAUGAAGGCCCUCCUACAUUCUGUUCCUACUGGAAAGUUGGUGGUUCUUGAUCUCUUUGCCGAAGUAAAACCCAUAUGGAUCACUUCGGAGCAAUUUUAUGGUGUCCCCUACAUCUGGUGUAUGCUGCAUAACUUUGCAGGAAAUAUUGAGAUGUAUGGUAUUUUAGAUGCAAUAGCAUCUGGGCCCGUUGAAGCACGCAAAAGUGUUAACUCAACUAUGGUUGGUGUUGGAAUGUCGAUGGAAGGCAUAGAACAGAAUCCCAUUGUCUAUGAUCUGAUGUCCGAAAUGGCAUUUCAUCAUGAGAAGCCUAAUGUUAAGGCAUGGGUUGAUCGGUAUUCUGCAAGACGAUAUGGUCGACCUAUUCCUUCUAUACAGGAUGCAUGGAAUAUAUUACAUCACACAAUUUACAAUUGCACCGAUGGUGCCUAUGAUAAAAACAGAGACGUCAUUGUAGCGUUCCCAGAUGUUGAUCCUUCUUUAAUUGCAGUCCAGCAAGAAUGGCCUUACCACCAUGGCAAGCCCGAAUCAAGACCAGUCAUCAGGGAAGUUACAGACUCGUAUGAUCGUCCUCAUUUGUGGUAUUCAACUUCUGAAGUAAUUCGUUCAUUGAAGCUUUUUAUCUCAAGUGGAGAUAAACUGUCAAGUAGUAGUACUUACAGGUACGACAUUGUUGACUUAACGAGACAAGCCUUGGCAAAAUAUGCAAACCAGUUGUUCUUAAAGAUCAUAGAGGCCUAUCAAUCACAUGAUGUCCAUAGUGUGACCUUCCACAGUCAAAAGUUUCUAGAUCUAGUGGAGGAUAUGGACACACUAUUGGCUUGUCAUGACGGAUUUCUCCUAGGACCUUGGUUAGAAAGUGCGAAGCAACUGGCACAAAAUGAACAGCAGGAGAAACAGUUUGAGUGGAAUGCGAGAACACAAAUCACUAUGUGGUUUGACAACACAGAGGAAGAACCCAGCCUUCUCCGUGACUAUGGAAACAAGUACUGGAGUGGGCUUCUACGUGAUUAUUAUGGCCCUAGAGCAGCUAUUUAUUUUAAAUAUUUGAUAGAAAGCUUAGAGAGGGGCGAGGAUUUCAGGCUUAAGGAAUGGAGGAGGGAAUGGAUAAAGCUUACCAACGACUGGCAAAGCCGUGGCAACAUAUUUUCAGUGAAGGGUACAGGAGAUGCUUUAAACACUUCAAAAUGGCUCUUCAACAGAUACUUGAGCAGUCCCGGGACGGAGCUUAUUACCCCUUACUGAAAGCAAUCACAUCAGCUCAUCGUAUUUAUCUCCAUGUACAGGUUAAUGAUCCAGGAAAAGAAUUUCUAAAAAGUCUCCAACAUGUUCCUGGAGAUAUUAUCGCGAGAGGGAUACAAGGUACGAUGACCACAGUAAGGACAGCGAUCCAUAGGCUUCUCAAAGUUGUGUCAUGAGAUUUAUUCAGGGCUUUUUACUAUCGUGUUAGCCAGAGACUCUAUUUGUAAAAUAAGUGGUGUAAUGACAAAUGAAACUGAAAUUGUCAAGUAAAGUCUUAAAAGUAAUCACUAAUUCCGAUUGUUUUGAAAUCA